AUGUCAAUUGUAGAACAGCAAGUUACUAGACAACAAGAAGAAAUUGACACCUUAAAACAAAAGUUAUUAGGCUUAGAAGCAGACAUUUUAGUCAAGCAACAAGCCUUAAAUAAAGUCGCAAUACAGGAACAAGAAAUCAUACUGCUCAAAGAAAUAGUCCUAGAAAAGGAGAAAUGGCGGGAACAGGCAAAUGGUCUCAGCCAGGACAAUGAUCAUCUGCGACAAGUUAAUGAGGAUCUAAUAAUAGAAAACAGGAGACAGCGUCAGGUCAUUGCAGAACUGGAAGAAAAUAUGAUGCUGAUGUCCACCAUCUUGGACUUAAGGACGACAGAGUUGGAGCAGGAGAAGAAGAACAAACUUCACUUGAAGAGGAAGCUGCGCGUUCUGUCAACCGCUGAGGAAACCCCCGAGUGUCACGGCCGAUUCAAGCGUCAGUCCCUCAAAGAUUGCCCUCGCUGUCACGCAGAAGUUUCAUCCACCAAUCUGUGCAAGUACCACCCCAAAACACCAGUCAAGCUGGACGGAACCUAUUUUUUUCCGUGCUGUGGCCAGUCCGGGAAAUCUGAGCCAGAGGGUUGCCAGAGUAGUGGUCAACACUUUAUGGUUUUCGGUACCUGACAUGCCAAGCGUAUAACUAUUUAGGCUAUUUUCUGUCCACCCUGGAAAAUGAUAACCAAAAAAUAAUGGAAUAGUCAAAAUGGUUCCAGCUAAAAGUUGUAUUAUUCUAAGAGUUCUAAACAAGUUUAGGACAUCUUGAAAUCGUAUGAUUCUGCUCUGUAAAUGGCUUUGUUGAACCAGACG